AUGCUGCAGUCUGAAGUGGGAGGGGCCUGGUGUCUGUCCCCCCCCCCCUCCAUCCCCCCUGCUGUGGGGGAGGGGCUGUCUGCAGCAACAACAACAGCAUCCCAAUCCAGUCCCUCUAUGAUACAUACAUGUCACAUCCUUGGAGCACACUUUACCAGGCACCCGCACAGCCAUGCCACCUCCUGUCGCCACUUUCACCUGGGCGCCCCGCAGGCCCCUCUCUCAGCCGAGUUCCCUCUAGGGCAGAGUCAGGUCCCACAGACGGGCCUGGCCCCUCACCUGCCCCCCACACACCCCCUCCCAGCGGGCCCUCAGUUCCACGAUGUGUCGGGGGCCUCUUUUCUACCUCAAGCUUUACACCAGCAAUACCUCCUCCAACAGCAGCUCCUGGAGGCUCAGCGGCGGCGGAUCCUCCCUCACUCCAGAAGAAAUCAGGAACGCAUUUCCGUGAAUCCGCACCGACUCCGCGCAGGCUUCGAGUUCUCCCCUCCGCUCCAUGUGUCGCCGCCGGUCCCUCAGCAGCAGCAGCAGCAGCAGCAGCAGCGGUAUCUGGCAGAGGGCACUGACUGGGACCUCAGUGUAGAUGCAGGGGCCCCUCACCCCCAGUACCCCCUGCAGCAGAUGCCCCAGCCCUUUCAGCACUACCUGGCCUCUCCACGGCUGCACCACUAUCCCAGGCACGCUUCUUCCGCACAAGUGGAGCUGCUGCAGCUGGAGGACAGACUGGGGGCUGUGAGCAGAGGAGCCAUCCAGACGACCAUCGAGAGGUUCACUAUUCCGCACAAGUACAAGAAGAGAAAACCAAUGCAGCUGAAGAUCGACGAAGAGGAGAUGGACGUGGACGAGAAAUGCACCAUCUGUUUGUCUUUGCUGGAGGAUGGAGAGGACGUCCGGAGACUUCCCUGCAUGCACCUCUUCCACCAGGGCUGCGUGGAUCAGUGGUUGGCCACCAGCAGGAAGUGCCCCAUCUGUCGCGUCGACAUCGAAACACAGCUGAACGCCGACAGCUGA